AUGCCAAAUUCAGAGCAGGUUGCUGAGACCGGCGAUGUGUGGGUCGAUGAACCUGACUCGCAGGAUUCUAGCUCAUCAGAGCCAGUCUGUGUGUGUGUAGAUCGAUGGCGUAAUGCUGCACCUGAAGUGCGAAAGCGGAUGUUUGCAGUGUUCCAAAAAUCUGGUAUAUUUGUCUCUGUAUGUCGCCAUGGAAUCCUUCUUAUGAUAUGUGAUAUGGUGAGAAGUGGGGAACUAAUGAAAUACCCGCUUGCAACAAUUCACCGGCUUAUGGAGGUUUACCAACGACCUUUCAUUUAUGGGUAUGAUAUCAAGUGUUUGUUCGAAAAGAUCGUCUCUCGAAGUUCUCUCUCCUCCACUGUCCAUCAACUCGGCAUUGAUGGUGUGGUCAAUGGGUUCCAUGUACAUGCACAUAACCGUUCAAUUGUUGUCUCAUUACACCAUCUAUGCCAGGUCCAACAUCAUUGCAAGUAUAAGGUUGGAGCUGGCAAGGAGGACUUCGAGACUUGUGAGCGCAUGUUCUCAGAAUCCAAUGUGGUUGCUCCAGAAAUUUGUAAUGCAAGUGAAUUCCACCGUCACCAGGUCCUCGAUGAACAUUUUCGCUUCUCAAACCUUGACAAAUACGCUUCUCUCAGUACAUUAUUUUAUAUUGAUUGA